CUAGAACUCAAAGCGGGACGCAAAGGGAGUUGUGAUAAAUAUACAAUUGUUUGCAACCAGUUGUGUGAGCAAUGUCAGAUCAUAUGUGAAUGUGUGUGUGGAUCAGAAUCAGUGUGGGGGGUCUGCUUGCUGUUUACGUCCGUCACUAAGAUGUACGUGUGGGAGGCGGUCCUCUGGUUUUACGUUCGUGGACAAGAAUAAACCAAUCCACCGCAGCUAUUUGCUGAACCAACGUCACAGUUAAAGGGAAACGUCCGUUACUUGGUCAGCUAAAAAAACUAUUGAAACGCAAAGGCAGUGAUGGCGAAAAGUAUCUAGCUAUUUUAAUCUGUCAAAUGUUAUCGGUUCAGCAUACCGAUAUUCAAAACUGUGGUCUAACGACGCCGAUAGACUAUCUAGAAGCCACUUUGGGGACGCUCUGCCAGCGGGACUGACAGUAGACGGGAUGAUCUCGGACUGGGGUCUAAUCAGUGAGAGGUCCCUGUGACUGUGAAUGGGUCUGUGAAAUACAUUAGGAUGAGCGGGCUCCACUCCAUCGCUGCCUGCGUGGACUGAGAGACCCCGCCCUAUACACAGCAGUCGAUGCGGUCUUCCACUGCAUCACCCGUGGCUGAGAACCCAGCAUGUCUCGCGUCUCCACCACAGCCAAGCGUUACACCGGCUCCUCCUAUACCAGUGCCUAUAGCUCCUAUAGCUCCUCCCUGACGCCCUCCUCUCUCAGCUCCUACACCUCCGACCGGGAUAGGCUGACCUCCUACAGGAGCAACGCUGCCUCCUCCUCGGGCUACUCCUCCUCCAGCUACCUGAGCAGCGCCGCCAGCCGCGCCCGCAACUACAGCACCUCCUUGGAGCUCGACCGGGGCCGGCCCAUCCCCCGCACUGACCUCCUGAGCAGCAGCAGCCGGCGCAGCGAGAGCCUGAGCCGCACCCCUGUGAAGACCUAUGGCUCGUCGGGCCUGAGCGGCGGCUCCGGUUACACUGGCUACAGCAGCUACUCCUCGUCCACCACGCCCAGCCGCUCCAGCUACCUCUCCUCGUCGCCCGGGGCCUCCAGCAUCUCUCUCAGCCGCCGGAGGUCGUCGAGCCAGAGUGACCUGACGCGGGACCUGUCGUCCCUGGGCCUCACCGAGCCCACGUCCCCCUCCUCCUCCAGCGCCCUGAGGGGUUACCGGAGCAGGGCCAGCGAUGUGGCCGACUCCUACAACAGCAGCCUGCAGAGAUCCAGCUAUGGCCUGUCCCACAGCGCCACGCAGGAGGCCUUGAGCAGCAGCAACCUAAAGAGUGGUGGUGGUAGCCGCUUCACCUCCUCCUAUGAGAGGAGCAACAGCAGCAGCAAUGGACGAUCCAGCUCCCCCACCAGGGACUCCCUGAACUCCAAGAGCACCCAGGGCCUGGUGGGCCUACGGAACCUGGGAAAUACCUGCUUCAUGAACUCCAUCCUGCAGUGUCUCAGCAACACGCACAACCUCCGGGACUACUGUCUGCACAACUCCCACCGACGCGACCUUAACAAAAACAGCCGCACCAACACUGGGACCCUCAUGGAGGAAUUUGCCAAGCUCCUCCAGACCAUGUGGACGUCCUCGAGCAGCGAGGCGGUCGGCCCCUCAGAGUUCAAAACUCAGAUCCAGAGAUAUGCCCCCCGAUUUGUGGGAUACAACCAACAGGACGCCCAGGAGUUCCUGCGCUUCCUGCUGGACGGGCUGCACAACGAGGUAAACCGGGUCACGGUGCGGCCGCGGGGCAGCUCGGAGGACUUUGACCACCUGCCUGACCGAGAGAAAGGGGAUAGAAUGUGGAGCAAGUACCUGGAGAGAGAGGACAGCAAAGUAGUGGACCUGUUUGUGGGUCAGCUGAAGAGCUCGUUGACAUGCAGCACAUGUGGCUACUGCUCCACUGUCUUUGACCCCUUCUGGGAUCUCUCGCUACCCAUCGCCAAGAAGGGCUACGGAGAAGUGAGUCUGAUGGACUGCGUGAGUCUCUUCACCAAAGAGGAUGUGCUCGACGGAGAUGAAAAACCAACGUGCUACAGGUGUAAAGCCAGAAGACGAUGCACAAAGAAGUUCACUGUACAGAAAUUCCCCAAGAUCUUAGUGCUUCAUCUGAAACGCUUCUCUGAAGCGCGGAGAACCAGCAAACUGUCCACAUUUGUCAACUUCCCCAUGGAGAAACUGGACCUCAGGGAGUUUGCCUCGGAAAACAGCAUAAAUGCAGUUUAUAACCUGUACGCAGUGUCCAAUCACUCAGGCACGACCAUGGGCGGCCACUACACAGCGUACUGUCGCAACCCCACCUCGGGAGAAUGGUACACGUUCAAUGACUCCAGAGUAUCGCCAAUGUCCUCCAGCCAAGUGCGCAGCAGUGACGCCUACGUGCUGUUCUACGAGCUGGCCUCCUCCUCGCGGAUGUGAGGGCCUCCCGGAGGAGGAGGUGGAGGGCACUGCGGGCGGUGGGCGGGAGGAGGAGGAGGUGGAGGGCACUGCGGGCGGGAGGAGGAGGAGGGCAAAGCCAGGCCCUUUAGGACUAAUCACAUCCACAAGAGGCUACUACUCCCCCCUCCCCAACUCCAUCCACAACAGAGAGAGGCUACUACUCCCCCCUCCCCAACUCCAUCCACAACAGAGAGAGGCUACUACUCCCCCCUCCCCAACUCCAUCCACAACAGAGAGGCUACUACUCCCCCCUCCCCAACUCCAUCCACAACAGAGAGGCUACUACUCCCCCUCCCCAACUCCAUCCACAACAGAGAGAGGCUACUACUCCCCUCCCCAACUCCAUCCACAACAGAGAGAGGCUACUACUCCCCCCCCCCCCAACUCCAUCCACAACAGAGAGGCUACUACUCCCCCUCCCCAACUCCAUCCACAACAGAGAGAGGCUACUACUCCCCCUCCCCAACUCCAUCCACAACAGUGAGAGGCUACUACUCCCCCCUCCCCAACUCGAUCCACAACAGUGAGAGGCUACUACUCCCCCCUCCCCAACUCCAUCCACAACAGAGAGAGGCUACUACUCCCCCCUCCCCAACUCGAUCCACAACAGAGAGAGGCUACUACUCCCCCCUCCCCAACUCGAUCCACAACAGAGAGAGGCUACUACUCCCCCCUCCCCAACUCCAUCCACAACAGAGAGAGGCUACUACUCCCCCCUCCCCAACUCCAUCCACAACAGAGAGAGGCUACUACUCCCCCCUCCCCAACUCCAUCCACAACAGAGAGAGGCUACUACUCCCCCCUCCCCAACUCCAUCCACAACAGAGAGAGGCUACUACUCCCCCCUCCCCAACUCCAUCCACAACAGAGAGAGGCUACUACUCCCCCCUCCCCAACUCCAUCCACAACAGAGAGAGGCUACUUCUACUGCUGGACGUCCACCCUCAGACUAUGGAAACACUACAGGAAUCUGUCAUCUUUGCAUUUGCUGUUCAACCCAGCCCUCCUCACUCUCUUUUCUCUCUGCCACAUCGCUCUCUCUCUGUCUUGGAGAGCAGGGUGGUCGGAGGAGUCGGCCUGUGCUAGUGUGGUGCGUGUGUGUGUGUGUGUCUCAGAGAGUAUGUGUGUUAGGUUAAGAUAGGGGAGCAUCACCAGGCAAUAAAAACCAAUCGUCUCCGAAGUCCCUCUCAAUGCACUGCAACAAACCAAACUCUCGCCCCGACCGCACCUUCUUCUCUUCUUGUUCGAGAUCGCCUCAAUAUUAAAAGACAUUGUUUCAAUUUUUGUUUUUGGAUUUUCUUGUUGAUUUUUGUAUUGGUAUUACCACCAUCAUCACGGUGGAAGAUUAACUGAACGGUGUUACUGCGGCAGCGCCCCCUGCUGACAGGUUGGAGUAGAACAAUAUGGAGCCGUCAGAAAGUCUUCUUACCACACCGCUCACACAAACCUGAGUGCCCCCUCCUGCCGACACACUGCAAUGUCUCAUCCCAGUUUCUCUGUUCAGCUGUGUACAGUACUACUCUGUCCUCUCACUGCUGCUCUCUCUCUCUCUAUGUCCUGCAUCUUCCUCUCUGAAGGUGGGGGGCAGGUUGUCCUCUUGAGAGUGCUACGUGUUCAGAGGAUGCCCUGUACCUUGUGUUAUUUUCUUCAGUGUGGCUGCGACUGAUGUUUUAAAGUGCUGUGAAUGAAAGGACGAUCCCGUAGGAAGUCACACUAUUGAUCCCAAUCUUGUCCGUAUGGAUUUGUUCAUCCUUCAAUUGUCAUGCCACUGAACAACACGGGAAGAAUGUUUUCACACAAACAAAAAAAACAUAUCUGUAUAUUUUUAUAUUCUGAUGCAAUAUAGAGAAUGUACUAUUACAGUGGUGCUGAAAAGACCUGUUUAGUGUUUUCAGUUCAUUUAACAGGUGAAUGAGAAAGGCUCUUAAUUAUGCUUACAGGUGACUUACAUGUGAUACGAGUCGUACUUUUUAACAGUGGCAGUCAAAACACAUGAAUUUAUUAUAUAUAUAUAUAAAUUAAUUUAAAAAA